AUGCGCCGCGCCAGCCGAGACUACACCAAGUACCUGCGCGGCUCCGAGGAGAUGGGCAGCGGCGGCUCCGGCGCCCCGCACGAGGGCGCCCUGCACGCCCCGCCGCCGCCGCCGUCCGCGCAACCCGCCCCGCACCACUCCGCCGCCGCCUCCCGCUCCACGUUCGUGGCCCUGCUGGGGCUGGGGCUGGGCCAGGUCGCGUGCAGCGUCGCUCUGUUCCUUUACUUCCGAGCGCAGAUGGAUCCUAAUAGAAUAUCAGAAGAUGACACUCACUGCAUUAAUAGAAUUUUCAAACUCCAUGAAAACACGGAUUUGCAAGACACAACUCUGGAGAGUCAAGACUCAAAAUUAAUACCUGAUUCGUGUAAGAGAAUUAAACAGGCCUUUCAAGCAGCUGUGCAAAAGGAAAUGCAACAUGUUGUUAAAUCACAACACAUCAGAGCAGAAAAAGCCAUGGUGGAAGGUUCAUGGUUAGAUCUGGCCAGAAGGAACAAGCCUGAGACGCAGCCCUUUGCCCAUCUCACGAUUAAUGCCACUGACAUCCCAUCAGGUUCCCAUAAAGUGAGUCUGUCCUGCUGGUACCAUGACCGAGGUUGGGCCAAGAUCUCCAACAUGACUUUCAGCAAUGGAAAGCUAAUAGUUAACCAAGAUGGCUUUUAUUACCUGUAUGCCAACAUUUGCUUUCGACAUCAUGAAACUUCGGGAAACCUCACUGCGAAUUAUCUUCAGCUAAUGGUGUAUGUCACCAAGACCAGCAUCAAAAUCCCGAGUUCUCAUACCCUCAUGAAAGGAGGAAGCACCAAAUACUGGUCGGGGAAUUCUGAAUUCCAUUUUUACUCCAUAAACGUUGGAGGAUUUUUUAAGCUACGGUCUGGUGAGAAAAUAAGCAUUGAGGUAUCCAACCCUUCACUACUGGAUCCAGAUCAAGAUGCAACGUACUUUGGGGCUUUUAAAGUUCGAGAUAUAGAUUGA